UAACUUUAAUCCAUACGGUCGGUCGAUCGAGAGAGAGAGAGAGAGAGAGAUGAGCUCUGUCCGCGAAGAAGCAGCGGAGAACCAGUUCCAUCGUUUGCCGGACGACGUCGUGGUCGGCAUCUUCGAGAACGUCUCCGACAUAGAGUGCCUCUGCAGAUGCUUCUUGGUCUCCAAGAGAUUCUCUUCCCUUAUCCUUCGCGUCCAAACAGUCUCCAUCAAAGGCGUCACCUUGGAUUGUAAAUCUUCCAAAUCCGGCAAAGAAACCCAGACGAUCAAUCCCUUCGGAGGAAACGGUUUGCUCGGAAAAUUCUCCAACUUGGUCCUCAAACCCUUCCGGUACCUCCACAAGCUCGCUCUCUCGCCUCCUCCUCCUUUGCAAUUCAAUAUCCCUGGCCUCGCGUUCCUAGCUCUAUUGAAACAGGUUCGAUCUCUCAAUCUCGAGGUUAUCUCCGAUUUCGACGCCGACAAUGAUUGUGUUUUCAAAUGGGGGGCCGAUUUCACCGCCACACACCCCAGCGUCACGUUUCUCUUUGCAAAAUCUCUCUCUAAAAUGACGACGGAAUUACAAGAAGAAGAAGAAGAAGACGGAUCUGAGAACAGGAGGAUAACUCGGGAAGAACUGUUGCCCCGAGCAUCGUUAGCCUUUGAGUGCAUAGAAGGUGCUUCGAGGUGGCUAGGAAUCUUGUCUCGUGUUGUCACAAAAUGCCCGAUGAUUCAGAACCUUACCAUCUCCGAUUCGAUGAACAAGGGGGUGAAGCUCCGUUUGGGUGGCAAAAAACUCGGGGAGUAUAGGAACGCUUUCGAUUUGGAUAAGGUGGUUUCGUUGUCCGAUAAUUGGACGCCAGAGUAUAUGAGGGUUGGUUUUGUGCCUGUUUUACCGCUCCCCAUGUCUGGGUAUGUCAUGAAAGUGGUGACCAUUUUUAACUUCAGAAUGUCUGCUGCUGAUGAUUCCGAGGCCUAUUCGGCCAUGUUGGAUGCGUUUGCGGAGGAACAAGGUGUUUUUUCGGAAGCUUUGGUGCAGAUUCUGGAAAAACAUAAGGGCAAUAUCAUGAUGAGAACUUAAAAUUGAUUCUAUUUCUGAAUUGUGUCUUUACUUCUUCUUCUUGUUACUGCUUUCGUUUGGCCUUUGCCACUAUGCUAAUCAGUGGACUAUAAGACUAACCAUUAUAGAAGUUUUAUGAUCAAAUUAUGUGAAGAUCAGUGUCCGAGCAUGAACUGUUCUAAAUGUGCCUACAUUGGUGGAAGAAUUUUCAAGGAUUUUGCUAUGAGAUUAUGGUCUUGAAAAUCUCAAA